AUGCCACACCAAGGGCCCAGCGGCGUGAACCAGCUGGGGGGUCUCUUCAUGAAUGGCCGCCCCCUCCCUGCCUGCAAGAGGAAGAGGAUCAUCGAGCUGGCGGCAUGCGGCAUCCGGACCUCAGACAUCUCCCGCAGCCUCAAGGUGUCCAACGGCUGCGUCAGCAAGAUCCUGGGCCACUACUACCGGACGGGGGCCGUGGAGCCCAAGGCUAUCGGAGGCAGCAAGCCUCGCAUGGCCACACCUGAGGUGGUGGCCAGGAUCACCCAGCUGAAGCUGGAGCAGCCCUCCCUCUUUGCCUGGGAGAUCCGCCGACAGCUGCACGCUGAGGGCAUCUGCACCAGCAACAGGACUCCCAGCGUCUCCUCCAUCAACCGGGUGCUGAGGAAAUUGCCCAGUGACCUGCGGCUGGCAGCUGAGCAGGGUUUUGUGAGGGACCCGCCGCCACAGGUGUCUCCUCUUGCCGCCUCAGCGGCCCCACAGCCCCUGGGCUGCCACUCACCCACCGAAGCUGGUGCUGCCAUCUUCCUGGGGACCCAGCACCCUCCACGGGGCUCCGCGUCUGGCCAGCGGCUCCCACCGAGCACCCAGCACAGGAACAGGACAGUCUUCUCCAACCAGCAGUCAGAGACCCUGGAGAAAGAGUUUCAGAGGGGACAGUACCCAGACACCAUCACCCGGGAGAGACUGGCCGUGGCCACCCAGCUCCCUGACACAACCAUCAGGGUUUGGUUCUCAAACAGACGAGCAAAAUGGAGACGGGAGGCCAAGCAGAAGCUGGAGGCUGGCAGUGCAGGUGACAGUCCAGGGGUGAAGGGAAUGGGAUGUGGCACAUGA